AUGGUUUUCUCAAGCGCACAGCAAACCUGCACCGCUUCAGGCUACGGCGAGUCCGGUGAAUUGUCGCCUGGCAAAACGGAUGGCUACGGCCCCUACCCUGCACACCUCAGGCAAAAUAACGCCGUCUCGUCAGUGAACCGUGCAUUGGCCACAAGCGAAGAGGACGGCGAACAAGGCGAGAUCAUCACCCACGAUGCACUUGCCAAACAGAUGCACUUCACCGCCGAUUGCCUCCGACUGUACCCGCUGCACCACACAACUGGGUGUCCGAAUGUAGGCAGAGUGAAUGAAACAACUGAGUGGGAGAGGCGAGGCAAGACCAAAGCCAAGGCGUGGUGA